AAAUGACUUUAGCUUAUAAAUACUCGCAUAAAGCAAGCAGGCCUGCUAUUCAAAGAGAUUUUGCCGUUGAUUUCAGAUUCACUAGCUUGCCUGUAUUUGAGAAAUUUUCAUAAAAUUCAUCCCAUGUCUUCCUUCACUUCCUGCUUCUAUAGACGCCGCAAAUUUCAACCCAUAUCUACUACUACUAACAUGAAGAAGUACGAUGUGUACUUGAGUUUCUGCGACGAAGACCCUGAUUUUUUUAUUUUGGGUAUCUAUAAGGGCCUUACUUCAGGAAGUGGAAUUAAUGUUUUCUGGGACAAUAAGAGGAUUAAAAGAGGAGAUCAAGAAGUACCAACCUCAGUGUUGAAUGUAAUUGGAGAUUGCAAACUUGUUGUAAUCGUAUUUUCAACAAAUUAUUUUAAUUCAAGAUGGUGUCUUCAAGAAUUGGAAAAAAUAACUGAAUGUUGCCGAACCACAGAUAGUCGUCUCAUGCUUCUUACUUUCUCUUUCUUCUAUAAUGGUGUCCAUCUGGUGUUAGGAUAUCCGGACACUGAUUUUUUUGAAAGAGAGGCUUUUCAUGAUUUUCUUGAUAGAAUCUAUAAAAAAGAAAUCUCCCAACAGGGGGAUAAGUUCAUGAGUUGGGUGGCAGCGAUCAGUCAUAAUAAAGCUAUCACUUAUGCAGGAUCAACAUAUUUGGGACACGUCUUCACAAACAGGAUAGAAAGAGAACAUAUUGAGAAUGUAGUUGAACUUGCUACUCGUGUGAUAACAGAGAAGAGAGACAUGUUCAAUGUUUUCUAUACAGAGAGUUUAAAUUCGCGUGUUCAAGACGUGACUCAACUAUUGAAACAAUCAAAAUCUCCUCUCAUAUUAGGGAUAUGGGGGAUGCCAGGGAUUGGUAAAUCAACCAUUGCCAAAGCCAUUUAUGGUCAGGUUGGUUCCUAUUUUAGGCACAAGUGCUUGAUUGAAAAUGUCAAGAGAUCAGUUCAGAAUAAAACUUAUACUCUAGUUUCUUUACAAGAGAAAAUUAUACUUGAUAUGGCCAGAGAACCUGAAAAUGAUAUAUCUACAAUUGAGUCAGGAAAAGUGAUUUUAAAAGAAAGACUUCAUAGUAAAAGGGUACUUCUUGUACUUGACGAUGUUGAUAAUUUGGAGCAACUGCAUGCAUUGUGUGGAAGUCGUGAGUGGUUUGGUGAAGGUAGCAAAAUAAUCAUCACGACAACGAAUAGGCAACUACUAAAGGAGCAUGGAGCUGACCAUAUAUACAGAGUGAAAGAACUAGACGAAAAUGAAUCGCUUGAGCUUUUUAAUUGGAAAGCGUUCAGCCAAGCAACUUCUCAAGAAGGUUUUGCAGAACUUUCCAGACAGGUAGUUGCUUAUUCUGGGGGAUUGCCUCUUGCUCUUACAGACCUUGGGAUCCAUUUCAAUUCGGAAACAGUAGAUAUCUGGGAGUGUAAGUUGCAUAACUUCACAAGGCAUUUCUAUAAUGGUGUACAGGGAACACUAGAAAGUAGUUUUAAUGAUUUAAAUGAUGAGGAAAAACAAGUAUUCUUUGAUAUAGCAUAUUUCUAUAUCGGGAUAGACCAACAUGAUGUAGUCCAAUCUUUAAAUAGUUCAACACAUUGUACAAAUCUUCUAAUAAGCCUCCUUGAAGACAAAAGCUUUGUAACCAUUGAUGAGAAUAACAAGAUUCAAAUGCAUGUUUUGCUACAAGCCACAGCAGAAGCUAUCAUUACGAGGGAAUCAAGUAAUAAAACUGAUCAGCCAAAGAUGUACGAUGUGUUCUUGAGUUUCAGAGGGGAAGAUAGUCGUGCAAAGUUCAUGUCACAUCUGCAUUCCUCUCUUCAAAAUGCAGGGAUUGAUACUUUCAGAGAUGAUGACGAGAUUCAACGAGGAGAUCAAAUCUCAAUCUCACUGUUGAAAACAAUUGGACAGUCUAGAAUUUCUAUUGUUGUUUUGUCAAAAAACUAUGCUAAUUCAAGAUGGUGUAUGCUAGAGUUGGAGAAGAUAAUGAAAAUUGGCAGAGAUAGGGGUCUGGUUGUUGUGCCGGUGUUCUAUGAGGUGGAUCCCUCAGAUGUACGUCAUCAGAAAGGUCAGUUUGGGAAAGGUUUUGAUGAUCUUACAUCAAAAAUCUCAGUGCAUGAAUCCACAAAGACUCGUUGGCAAAGAGAUCUCUAUGAAAUUUGUGGCAUUGCAGGGUUUGUCCUCAUAGAUUCCAGGAAUGAAAGUGCUGAUAUCAAGAAUAUUGUCGAACAUGUCACUCGUUUGCUAGAUAGGACACAGUUAUUCGUUGCUGAACAUCCAGUGGGUGUAGAAUCUCGUGUGGAAGCUGUGACUAAGCUACUAAACAUCCAAAAAGCAGAAGAUGUUUUACUAAUAGGGAUAUGGGGAAUGGGGGGUACGGGUAAAACAACCAUUGCCAAAUCCAUUUACAACAAAGUUGGGAGAAAAUUUGAGGGAAGGAGCUUUCUUCUGGGUAUAAGGGAAUUUUGGGAGACACAUACUAAUCAAGUUUCACUACAGCAACAGGUACUUUGUGAUGUUUACAAAACAACAGCUUUGAAGAUACGAGACAUUGAAUCAGGGAAAAAUAUAUUGAAGGAAAAACUUUCCAAGAAUAGGGUGCUUUUUGUGCUCGAUGAUGUGGAUGAAUUGGAUCAACUAAAGGCUUUGUGUGGAAACCGUGAAUGGUUUGGUCCAGGAAGUAGAAUAAUCAUUACAACAAGAGAUAUGGAUCUUCUUAGAUCAUGUGGAGUUGAUCAAGUGUAUACAAUAGAAGAAAUGGACGAAAGUGAAUCUCUUGAGCUUUUCAGCUGGCACGCAUUCAAGCAACCAAGUCCGACAGAGGAUUAUGCUACACAUUCAGCAGACGUUAUUGCUUAUUCGGGGAAAUUGCCACUAGCACUUGAAGUCCUUGGGUCCUAUUUGUCUAAUUGUGAAAUAACAGAGUGGCAGAAAGUUUUGGAGAAACUCAAAUGUAUUCCCCAUGACCAAGUACAGAAGAAGCUAAAAGUAAGCUUCGAUGGUUUAAAAGAUUUUACAGAGAAACAAAUAUUCCUGGAUAUAUCUUGUUUCUUUAUUGGGAUGGACAAAAAGGAUGUAACAGCAAUAUUAAAUGGGUGUGGGUUUUUUGCUGAUAUUGGAAUUAAAGUCCUUGUAGAGCGAGCGCUUUUAACUGUUGACAAUAGGAACAAGCUUAGAAUGCAUGAUUUGUUAAGAGACAUGGGCAGACAAAUAAUUUAUGAGGAAUCACCAUCAGAUCCUGAGAAGCGCAGUAGGUUGUGGCGCUGUGAUGAAGUGCAAGAUAUAUUAUCUAGGGAUAAGGGAACAGAAGCUGUCAAGGGACUGGCUUUGGAGUUCCCAAGAAAAGAUUGUCUGGAAACCAAAGCAUUUAAGAAGAUGAAUAAACUCAGAUUGCUUCGCCUCGCUGGGGUGAAGCUUGAGGGAGAUUUUAAAUACCUUUCAGGAGAUCUUAGGUGGCUAUACUGGCAUGGAUUUCCAGAAACCUACACUCCUGCAGAAUUUCAGCAAGGAAGUCUAGUUGCCAUUGAAUUAAAAUAUAGUAAGCUCAACAAAAUUUGGAACACGAGCCAGAUGCUAGAAAAUCUAAAAAAUCUUAAUCUUAGUCAUUCUCUGGAUUUGGCUGAAACCCCAAACUUUUCCUACUUGCCUAAUCUUGAAAAGCUGGUACUCAAAGACUGUCCAAGUUUGUCUACAGUCUCCCAUAGCAUUGGAUCUCUACAUAAACUUCUUAUGUUAAAUUUGACAGACUGCACAGGUCUUCAGACACUUCCGAGAAGCAUCUAUAAAUUAAAGUCUCUAGAAACUUUGAUUCUUUCAGGAUGCUCCAAGAUUGACAAAUUGGAGGAGGAUUUGGAACAAAUGGAAUCAUUGAUUACCUUGAUUGCGGAUAAGACUGGUAUAACAAAAGUGCCAUUUUCAAUAGUGAGAUUGAAAAGCAUCGGAUAUAUUUCUUUAAGUGGCUUUGAAGGAUUUUCUCGUGAUGUAUUCCCUUCUCUAAUUCGGUCUUGGAUGUCGCCAUCAAAUAAUGUGAUAUCCCUAGUUCAAACAUCAGUGUCCAUGUCAUCACUUGGUACUUCAAAAGACCUUCAAAAACUUCGAAUUAUUUGUGCGAAGUGUGAUUCAGAGUUACAACUAACUCGAGAUAUAGCAAGGUUUUUGGAAGUAUUAAAAGCCACAAAUUGUCAGAACUUGGAAGCAAGUGCAAGUUCAACUGCAUCAGAGAUCUCUGAUAUGCAUGCUUCUCCCGUAAGUGAUUGCAUUGGUCAUUUUCGCAAUUUAGGGUCAAAGAAUCACUUGAAAUCUCUCUUAAUUCAAAUGGGAACAAAAUGCCAAAUCUCUAAUGUUGCUGAAGACAGUGUUUUACAGACUGCAGAUGGGACUUGGGAUUUAUUUUUACUCGGCUGUGACAAUAAAUCUGAUUGGCUAACUUUCAGUUGCAAAGGUUGUUCGAUAAUAUUUGAUGUCCCAACAAUGAAGGGGAGUUACCUGAAGAGUAUGAUGUUGUACAUUGUCUAUUACUCUUGCUCGGAAAACAUAACAUCAGAAGGUUUCCAAGGUAUGUUAAUCAUAAAUUACACAAAGACAACCAUUCAUGCAUAUAAAACAGAUACACUAACCUCCUUUGACGACGAGGAUUGGCAGAGCAUAACCUCAAAUCUAGAACCUGGUAACAAAGUGGGGGUUAUGGUUGUUUUUGGGGAGGGUUUCAUUGUUGAGAAGACCAUAGUAUCUCUCUUAUAUGAUGAACCACUAGACAAAGAAAUGGAACGCAGUCAUUUAAUAGACGAGGAGGAUCUUGUUUCUGGCAAUGACAAUAAAAAUGUUAGUGUUUCUUGUGGUGAUAAUGAAGCCAUCAAUCGCUUUGCAGAGGAAAUGGUGAACCACAUGCAGAUCACCAUGUACGGUGGUGGUAUAUAUGCUGAUGCUGUGGGACCAUUACAACUAGUACCACAUGACCCUGACCAGCCUGCAGAGGCAGUAGCUGAGGAGAUUCCUGCAGCUGAAGCAUAUGGUGAUCAGGAGCAACAGGUUCCUCCACCUGAGGGUCAACCUGAGCAGCAGGCAACAGCUGCACCUGAGGCCAUUGGGUCGGCCUUAGGAGCUCAGAUUUUGGAUGCCUUUAGAGAGCUGAGGGCUGAUUUCUUCCAACUAGAGCAGACUGUUACUGCUAGGCUGAAUGCAGUAGAGGUCAGAUUAGUGGUGCUUGAGGAUGCCAUAGCAGAGAUACCACGUGGCUCGAAUUCUGAGUUCACCGCCGUGGAGAGCUAGAUUUACGAUUCUAUGCUCGGGUUUCUUUUGAUGUUGCUUUUUUGUUGUACUGUUGUUAUAUAAUGACUACGGUAUUAGUAUUGUACACCACGAAGUCCUUUUCGUAGUACUUGAAUCUUUUGAUCUUAUAUGAUAUCAGUUGUUUCUUCUA